GAUUGGCCGCAGACCCUCCCUCCUAAUGCAGCUGCUUCUGUCAGGCAUCGCAGGCGUGGCUGCAGCCUUUGUGUCCAGCUUUGAGCUCUAUAUGACCCUAAACUUUGCCUUGGCUGCUGCCAACGCUGGAUUUUUACUAAGCGCCAAUGUCCUGCUUUCAGAGUGGGUUGGGCCAUCCCGGAGAACACAAGCCAUGGUCCUGGCCCAGAUUCACUUUGCCCUUGGGCUGAUGGUGUUAGCAGGACUGGCCUAUGGUGUCCGAAACUGGAGACUGCUUCAGAUAAUAGGCACUGCACCCGUCUUACUGCUUGUCUUCUAUUUCUGGGUUCUGCCAGAAUCCCCACGGUGGCUCCUGUCCCAAGGAAGGAUAGAGGAGGCCAAACAACUUAUCCAGAAGGCAGCCUUGGUGAAUGGCCGGCCACUUUCCCCAGAGCUCCUGAACCAGCUGGUCCCUGAGAAGACAGGCCCCUCGGGGAAUGCCUUGGAUCUUUUCAGACACCCUUACCUCAGGAAGGUGACUCUGAUUCUCAUAGCUGUCUGGUUUAUGGACAAUCUGGUAUACUACAGCCUCAGCCUCCAAGUGGGGGACUUUGGCCUGGAUAUCUACCUGACACAGCUAAUAUUUGGAGCAGUAGAAGUACCUGCCCGCUCUCUCAGCAUCCCCAUGAUGGAGAAGCUGGGUCGCAAGUGGAGCCAGCUCUGUGCUCUGACUCUGGCUGGCUCCAUGUGCAUCAUCAUCAUCUUCAUCCCAGGAGAUCUUCCCACGGUGGUGACUGUGCUGGCUGUGGUGGGGAAGUUUGCUUCAUCUUCUGCCUUCACAAUUUCCUAUGUGUACACUGCCGAGCUCUUCCCCACCAUCAUCAGGUAA